AUGCGGAAAGCUGCUGGGAGAGCAAGACACGAGGCAAGCAACCUGCAAGCUGGAUUGCUGACAUCCCAGGCGGUUUCAACUGUUUCAGGACGGUUUGCAGAGGCAGGGAGAAAGGCAGUGAUUGAUGCAGCUGGGGUGGUUGGGCUUGUCAAUCGUGGGUUCGCAGUCCCUGUCAACUACGCCAUGUCACGCACCUUUCCCCCCGAACCCUCCCACCACCUAAUCUACGACCUCGGCUCCGGUUUGCUCCGCGUGACCCUCGUCUCCCUCCGCUCAGCCAUGCUCCCGGACCCUCUCUCGCUUGCCGAAACCCCCCAGCUCAAGAAUGUCACUUCCAUCGAAGUGCAUGGGUUCGGGUACGACCUCAAAGUUGGCGGAUAUGUCUUCGAUCGUGCAGUGAGGGAUUUGUUGGUUGAGGCAUUUGAGGAGACAACCGGGAAGCCUCUGGAGGAGGGGAGGAAGUUCACGGAUGAUAAGAGGGCUAUGGCAAAGCUUUUGAAGGAGGCCGCGCAUGUCAAGCAGGUCUUGAGCGCCAAAACGGCUGCGAUGGCCCGGGAAACGCGGGAACACCUCCUGAUUGCCUGCCCGCUGUAUGACGAAGCCCGCAAAUCGCUCUUCAAGCAUAUCCGCCUGCGCAAGAACCCAACUGCCGGCCAACUGCUCGGCAACCCCUCUUACCGCGACGCCCUCCUCGAUUUCCUUGACGGCACCGGCCGUUUCCCGCAACUCUCAAGGUCGCCAGAGGUGGAGAAGCAGGAGAAGGAGCGCCGACUCGCGAAUCAUCACCACGCACCUCUUCCCCGCCAAUUCCGUCACCUCCUCCAAGAAGACCCUUACCCUGCGCAAAACAUCCGACUUCUCACUCGACUUUUCCUACGCCCCCACCUCCUCUUCCGCAGGAGCGCCAUCAGGCCACCUCUUCUCCGCCCACUUGAAGGGUAUCUCAGCCGCUACCGCCAACCUCGCGGCCAGGCCAAACGGUUGGUCAACGCGACUGUGAGGGUUGGAGUCCAGCUGGAUGCGAGUGGGUUGCUGAGGGUGGGCAAGGCGGAACAUGUGUUGCGUGAGGAGGAGGAGGGAGAGGGAGGCAAGAAGGGAGGCGUGACGGAUAAGCUCAAGGGGUUGUUCGACAAGUUCUCCGGCAAGAACUCGACUGCCUCCUCCUCGUCCUCGGCGCCGACCGCUGAAGGAACCGCCACACCCGAGGAAGGCCUGACGGACGAGGAGAAGGAACAGCUGGACGAGAUGAUUCGCCAGUUGCAGCUUCCGCCUGCGAAGGGUAGGUUGACAGUUGAGACGCAGGGUGGGGAAGGAGCGGCGGGGAUGGGGUUGGAGGAGAAGAUGGAGUUGAAGAAGCGACUCCGCAACGCCAGGACCGCCCUCACGCGCAAACUCGCCCACGAAGAAGCGCGCAACGCGCUCGAAUCCUACGUCUACCGCGUCCGCAACCUCCUCGAGAACAACCAGGCGUUCGUCGCUGCGUCGGUCGAGAGCGAGUGCAGGGCUGUCAGGGAGGUGCAGGAACGGACGGCAGAGAAACUCGUCAAGCACAUCCUCUCCUGUUUGACUGAGGCAGUCGCCCGCCCCGCCGCCGUCUCUUCACUCCGCGAUCAACUCGCCAAAACCACCACCUUCCUCUCCACCACCCGCCCUGACUCUGCCGCACUCACCAAAUCCGACCCUUCCGCUCCUCAGCGCUUCACAGCUGACAAGCUCGACUCGCUCAACAAGCUCGUCAAGGAGUCGCAGGCGUGGCUCGAUGAUGCGCUGAAGCGCCAGGAGAAGCUCAAGGUGCAUGAGGACCCGGCUUUCAAGGUUGCUGAGGUCGGGAAGAAGCUGAAGGAGGUGGAGAGGGAGACAAGCAGGUUGGAGAAGAAGAAGCAGCCGAGGAGGAAGAAGGCGAUCAAGGCAACUCCGGCGGCAGCGGUGCAGGAGGAGGAGGAGGCGCAGGAGAAGCCGAAGCAGGAGCACAAGAAGGAUGAGCUGUAG